AUGCGACUAUUUUUUGUCGCAGGAGGGAGAACGUCGCAGGGCUGGAUGAGAGACAGGCCCUUUUCUCGAGUCCUAGUCUUUGCCGCUGCCGUGCUGCUGUCGGCCAUGAUCCCCAAUUGCCAAGCGUAUAACGUGUCGCUCGAGAGUGUGACACUCUUUAAACGGUUCUCCUGGUACGGCACGCCAUCCGUUUAUAUCGAAUGCGACUCCGCGAAUCGGACGUACCUUCCCACCGUCAACUCGACGUUGACGUGGUUCACGUUCCAGGGCAACGAGUCGUGGCAGCCGGUGACGCAGCUAGAUCACGGGCAGUGCCGCACGUGUGCGCUGUACGAGCGGCAAGCACUGUGGUACAAGGACGGGUGCUUUGGCACGUGGGCUGUGUGCUCCACCAACUUCAGCGACCGUGACAGCCGAGGGCUCUUCACGUUUAUGCAGCCGGGGAGCUUCCAUGCCAACCUGGCUUGUUACGCGUGUAACCACACGGGGGUGGCACAUGCUGCGGCAGAAGGCAUGGGCAUAGUCAUCAUCAUUGCAGCCUGCAGCGUUUUUCUCGCAGCUGAGCCAGAAGCUGAAGCAGAGCGCGUUCGUUUGGAGGGAGAACGGGCCAAGUUCAUCGAGAUGGGUGGGGGGAAGUCGGACGGACGGCCGAGAUUUCACGACGGAUAUCACUACGAGGGGAGUGAGGACGAGGAUAGAGGGGAGCACAAGCGGCAUGGGCAGCAGCACCGGUCGGAGUUUUCUGGGAGGUUCCGGGAGGAAGCAGGCGAUGUGUUGAGCGAUAUUGAUGAAGAGGAUGAGGAGGAGACUACAGGGUUAUUUCCAAUGCAUCACACGCGCUCAUCUGCUGUGCCUGUCACGCGGCGUAAAAUCACCAUCCUUAUUCGCUCCCUACUCCCGCCGCACCCGUUCCGCCUCUAUUUACUGCGCUUACCCUUGUCAAUCAACCCUAUUUACUCUUCACUUACCCUCCCCUCCCCUUCCUCCCCACUUACCCCCUCCUCCUCCUCCUCCCCUUUCCCUAUCCCCCUGCCCACCCGCCCUCCCCGCACUCCGCCUCUCACCGCCGUCUCUCGUGCGCGCAGGUCGCUCGCGCCAGCAUCAGCGUCCACGUGGACGCACAUGUGGAACCAGACCGUCGAGUCGCCUCUUAGGCGGUUCCUUAAGCAAGUUAAAGCCGCUCCGCCGACCACCUCCGCGGUUUCGCCGUCCGCCUGCACGAGCGUGCGCGCGCCCUACUACCACCCCGCCGCCAUGCCGCGCAUGCGCUCGUCGUGGUACCUCCAGCGCUUCCAGAAUAUGCAGCGAAUCCAAAUCAAAUCUUCCAAUUGGGGAAGCUGGUGGAACCCCACCAAUGGCGGGCGCGCGAAUUCCGUGAUUGCGCUCAUUCGCGCGCAGCCGCCUGUGCGCUCGGUGUUUAGGAUUGUCGUUGCGGGCCCGAAUAAGAUCAAGCUGCUGACGCCGGCGAACGCGUACGUGGGCGUCGCGAACAGGGCGGGUUACCCGUCGCCGGCGCUCGUUGCGACGACGAAUGCCAAUAAUCCGUCGACGGUGUUCCAAGUGUCGCGAUCCGGCGUUCACUGGUUCUUAUACUCCGCGUAUGCUAAAGCGUACGUGGGAGCGAACGCGCAAGGCAAACUGAUGGUCUGGAGCAAAACUCCCGACGCGCUCCAGCGGUUCCGGAUUAUCGAGACCAAGGAGGUGCCCGCGAUUCGCGGCGUGAAUCUCGGAAGCUGGCUGGUGUACGAGAACUGGAUGGAUCCGUACGUGUUUCCGAUUUACUCGAAUUAUCUGGACGGAACCAAGGUGGCGUUCCAGAACCGGAUAACGAGGAAGUAUAUAACGAAUAUGGGGACGCAGCUUCAGUGCAACAAGGACAGUUACGGGGAUCUCGAGACGUUCCGCAUUCAGACUCUCGCGCCCAACAACCAGACCUACGCGCUGCUGUCGCCGUACAAGCUGUACAUGAAUCUGGGCAAGGGAUACACUACCCCAACUGCCGAGUCCAUGAAAGUUACAUCGGACACCCUCUGGACCAUCCUGGUGAACCCGAGCGACUCGAACCAGGUGGUGAUUCGCGCGCCCAACGGGUACUAUCUGGAGGGCAACAGCGACGGCAGCCUCACAGCCACGGGCAGCCCGGACCUGGUCAACAUCGGGGACUCGGCGACCUUCGGCACCACGCUCGCUUUCAACAUCAAGAUUAUCAAGACCCUCAAGUACGACUGGCAGCUGGCAUACCAGCUACAAGGCGCCAAGACGCGGCGAAUCGAAAACAUCCGAUCCACGUUUGUCACCGAAGCAGACUGGCAGUACAUGCGCUCGCAGGGAGUCAACACCGUUCGCAUUCCAGUAGCAUAUUACAUCUACCAACCUCGCCCGGACUUCCCGUUUGUCCACGGCAUGGGGAAAUACGUUGACUGGGCGAUGAAAAUGGGGAGCAAAUACGGGAUUCGGGUGUUUCUGAGCAUGCACAUGGUGGCGGGGACGCAAUCGGGGACGUUUGGGUCGAGGCUCGGGUACGCGGAUUUCGCCAAGGGUGGGAACAAGGCGAAGACGCUGCAAGCGGUGCGGUGGAUUGCGAAGCGGUACGGGAGCAACCCCGCGUGGAUGGGCAUGGGGCUUAUGAACGAGCCGAGCCUUGACGUGCCGCUUCCCAUGCUUAAGACGUACUACACGCAGGCGUACAACAUCAUUCGGCAGUACAGCCCGUGUGCGUACGUCUCGAUCGAGGGCCAGUACAGCCCUUUUGACAUCAUGAACACCAUCAACGAGCCCAACACGUUCGUCGAGACCCACCUGUACGACGUGUUUCAGAGCAAGGACUUUGCGUCGGCCAGCGAGGAGAUUGCAUGGCUGCAGAUGCAGAGGACGCAGGAUAUCAUGAGCUACCAGAAGUUUGGCCGGCCGCUGCUGAUCGGAGAGUUCAGCAACGCGAUGAAAUACACCUCUCCCACACCAGCGGAGCAGCAGCUCUUCUCGCAAGCGCAGAUGCAGACCUACGCCCAGGCCAAUGCUGGGUGGUUCUUCUGGUCGCUCAAGAUCAAGAAGUCCAACACACCCCACUGGGACUUCAAGGCGAGUACAGACAAGGGUUGGCUGCCUAAGAACACAAAUGGCUACUGGUACUGA